AUGACAGGUAAUAAGCUACAGAUCAAGCCCGACAAUGACUCUCGCGAGUCCACAGUCUUCCUCUUCGGACCCCAUGUCGCCACCUUCACAAAGCAAUCGAUGGAGACGCUGAUACGGCCAAUAUCUCAAGGCCCUUUCCGAGACUGGAUCCUAGAUACCAUAUCCGGUUUACCAACCUAUUUGAAUGGCUUGAAUUCCAUAAGGCCCGAGGUCGCCCGCGCGGUCCCGGGUUCCAGCCAGCUCGCUGACCUGGACUCGUGGCUUCGACACGGGGCAACAGACAUAACCUCCGAAUCCACCCUUCCCAGCAUUAUCGUUGGACCCUUGGUGGUGCUAAUACAGCUCACGCAGUACUGGCACUAUCUUGAGCUCCUCCACCAAGGACAGCCACCGGCAGAUUUGCAGGCUAGCGUGGUCGCAGCCUCAAAGAGCGACAGCAAAUUUGAAACGCUGGGCUUCUGCUUUGGGCUGCUGGGAGCGCUGUCCGUUGCCAGCGCCAGCAACCGUCAGGACUUUCAGAAGUACGGGGCCACGGCGGUCCGGCUAGCCAUGCUCAUAGGCGCUCUGGUCGACGCGCGAGAGGUCUGGGACAAGACUUCGGGCAAAGGCGGUUCAAUCUCUUUCGCAAUAGCAUGGCUUGAUUCAAAACAGGCCAGCGAAGUGAGGCGAAUUAUCGACGCCCGUUCUCCUGAUGCCUAUAUCGCUGUCCUCUACGACGAGGCGCGAGCGACGGUGACGACAUCCGAGUCCACGGUUCCCCUUCUAGUGAAGCAGCUCCGCGCUGCUGGUGCCAUUGUAGCUGAGAUUGGUAUCAAGGGCCGUAUCCAUAGCCCUGACGCCGAUCGGAAGAUCGACACCGAUGCCCUUGUCCAAUUUUGCAGCUCCAUGCCUGAUCUGCAGUACGCCGUCACUGCAAAUCUCGCUUUGCCUACCUACGACAACCGCGGCAACGGGGAUCUCGUAUCCUCCAAACACCAAGAGAGCAUGACCGAGAUGGUUCUACGUUCCAUCCUAGUCGACCAGUGCAACUGGUAA